AAAAUUGAAUUAUUUUUAGUCUGUCUUUUUGUUUUGUUUGAAAAGUCGUUUUCGAGAUCGGAGGAAGAAUAUUAUUCUAUAUUUGAGACGUUGAAUGAAACAAAAACAAAAAUACGUAAUUCAUGAAGUAGUUUCACACAUAUAUUGAAAAUCUAGUUGUAUUUUAAUUAAAUUCGAAUUAAUUGGCGGAAAUAAUGAACCAUUGACGUAAAUAAUGGUCAGUGAUGUAAUUAAAGUCCCGAGUUUCGAUUAAUUUCUAUUAAUAGUGAUUUUUACGAUGUGAUUAAAACUCAAAGAAGAAAGGGCAUUUGGAAAAGCUCAAAAGAAAUCAAUAAUUCGUCUCAAAUGCGUGCGCAAUUCAGUUUUUAAUAGAAAAAUUAACUAGAAACCCAAGUCAACAAUUUUUAUUUAAAAUAACCUAAAACAAUGUGUAUGUUUUUAAUGAAGACAACAACAUCGGUACUGCAACAUUUAUUAUAAAUUAAUCGCUAUUUUUGAGUGUACGAGUUUUAUCGUUAAACUAGUCUUUUAAUUGCAACACACUUUAGUAAGAAUUAUGGGUUCAACAACUAUACCUGUUUUACUAGUCACUGCGAACGUUGGAUCUAUAUUUGAAGAUCCAAAUGAAAUGCUUAAAAUAUGGACUGAAGAAUUUUUAUCAACUGUAUCUAAGUUAGAUCCCAAAUUCAUAGGUUUACAUUGCCAGGAGGUAGGAGGAAAGAACUAUGAACUUAGUAUGAAACAAGUUGAACAUUUCGUGAAAUUAUUGAUGUCCAGUAAUGAAUUACGCUUAUUCGAUAAGAUUAGGGUAUUUUUAGAUGAAGAUUACAGCUCAGCAGAAAAUUUUACGGCACUGGGGAAUUUGUACUUCGUGCACCAAUCUUUGGAAAAUAUUUUAAUAUGGGAUUUCAAAGAUUGUGUGUUUGUGCCUGUACAAGGUAAAGAAAUCCAUUCAGGCAAUAUCGAGACUGUAGUUACUAAAGAGAAGGCAAAGUUUCCACAGGAUUUCUUUCCAGAGUGUAAAUGGUCACGCAAAGGAUUCAUGCGGACGAGAUGGUCGCUUAAUAAUACUGUCGUGGAUAUGGUGAAUAUCCAUUUAUUUCACGACGCCUCGAAUUUUAUAGCGAUGGAAUCGUAUCCAUCUGUUUAUUGUAAAAACAGACGUAGGGCAUUAGAGCAUACGCUAGAAAGGUUUCAUAAUGACCAGUAUGACAAUGCUCCGUACUUUUUAUUCGGCGAUUUUAAUUUUAGGACUGAUACAGACGGCGUUGUUAAAAAACUGACUGAUGGACUAAAAACUACGAGAGUCCAAAACAACAAAAAUAAUGAAUUUACAAAAUUGCAGUUUACUACCGAAGAUAGCAAGUUGAUAUUGACUGUUGGAAAAAAGGAAUUUAACCAUUCGGAUCACCAAACUGUGUUCCAAAACCCUACUUCAGAAUGGCUGAAAUCGUUCGACAAGGAACUUGAAGCUUUUGAAGAUGCCUUGACUGAAUACCCCGUAACAUUUCCUCCCUCUUAUCCAUUCGAAGAGAAAAUAUCACAAGCUACGGCAUACAUGCAGACCCGAUGUCCGGCUUGGUGUGAUAGAGUACUACUCAGCAAAAAGGCGAAACAGCUUGUCGCCGAAGAAUCCGAUAUCAAGUAUGGCCUAAUGGGAGAGGAAACCUGCAUGGGGGAUCAUAAGCCAGUAUAUCUCAGGAUAGAUCUAAAGAAAAAAGCAGGUACAAACGUAUGUUGUGAACACGCACCUUUCGCUUGCUUGCCUGAUAAAUGCAAAUGUUGCCAAAUGUACGCUUCAAUUAAAAUAACAUUAGUAGACAUGAGUGACUAUAGCAAAACCAGCUUCCACAAACUCCCUGUUCUCGACACCAGACUUCUGCAGGAACCAAUCACCAAAGACAUGCUGUCGCACGAACCCUAUACUCCAGAGAGUGUAGAUUCGCACUCACAUUCUCCAAUGCGCAUAGAAGAAGAAAGAGAAUCUGUGUCUCCUUUACAACUGAAAUCAAGGUUGGAAAACAUAUUGCGUAUGGAAUCAAAAUUACCGAAACACGUAAUGAAGAGGUCAGCUUCAGAUAAUGUAGGCGUAGAUAAACCUAAAAAUUUUUUGUUUAGAACAAGAGCUAUGUCGGAAAUACCAAAAAAUGUACAUACACGUGUUAGACUUAUAUCUACACCUCGCGCAGAGUCAUUGAAUCGACUACAAAGUCAUCACAGUUCUUCGGACGAAGACUGGUUCGAAUUUGAUGAAGAAACACAUACGAAGUGCUUAGACGAUUGUUUUGAAGACGUAUCGAAUAAAGAUGAGACUAUAGAUGUUCCUAUUAUUGUAGAAAGUAAGCAAAAAAAGAAAAGAUGGAGGUUCAGAAAACUUAGGACGCGCUCAAAAACUAGUUGUUGUGCUAUAGUGUGAUUUUUUUAUUUUUAUUUUUUUUUGUAGAUCUGUUUUUUGUAUUAUUGAAAUAUUUUGCAACCGCUGUAGAAAAUUAUAAUGCUUGCAGUGUUGCACCAGUAGAUUGAGGAAAGACAGUGGAAUUUUGGGCAAAUGCUAUGCAGGGCAUUCGCGUGAGUACACAAAACAUUGUAACGUCAAUUUGUGUUUACUCUAAGGAUAAAUCUACAAGAAUGGAACAGUUAUGACGUUUCGCUUAGAAACACCAAAUUUGACUGAUGGUGUGCCAUAUAUGCUUUUACCAAAGCAGCUUUUGGAUUUUUAUAUUACAUUAAUUAUGUGAUAUAUGUUAUAGAUCAUAAUAAUAGUAAAAUGGGCAUUAUUAAUAAAUAUUAUAAUGGCAUUUAUUUAAUUU